AUUUCUUCCUAAUAUCCAACCUAAACCUCCCCUGGCAAAGCUUAAGACCAUGUGUGUGGCUGUCCCACCACUCCAAAGGCAGGAGCCACUUCCAGCCCUUUGCCCACCUCCCCAGCACUUUCUUCCUCUCAUAAUUAAUUCCUGCCCUUGCCAGCUCACUGAUGUCCUCACAGAGAACAAUGUCCAAGUUCAUGACCGCCCCAAACCCACGCCGUGUUCCCGUGCUGUGUGGGGCACUUAAUCCACAGGGCAGGGCAGGGUGUUGGCAGCUGAUGCUGUCCCUGGUGCCUUCUCACUCUUAAUAACCCUGCCAAAGCAUCUAACAUGGUAUGUUCCUGUCCGUGAUUAGAGCUCCAAAGUGUUAUGGCAAUACAAUGAAUAAGUUGCAACUACAGAAAUCAACUGUACAGGGAAAUCAAGGUCCCCUCUUCAUGUCUCUUGAUCUUCACCAGACUUGAAGAACCUGUAGUUCUUGGAGCUGGAGUUUCCACAAGCGGCUACAAUGUCUGUAAUAUAAAGCAAUUAAGCGAUUGGUAGUUGUAUUGUUGAGCCAAAUGGAGGGACAAAUAUGUCAUCUGCUGCUGAAGGACUGAGGGACAAGGAAUAGGUUCCUGUAAGUGUCUGUGAAAUUCCACAAAGAGUGAUAUUAUUAACUCAGUAUCAUCUGUCUGGGGGGAUUUCCAGCAACUAAUGAUUUUGAAGGUUGGCAUUACUGAUCGUGGAAUCGAAUCCCCGCUGGCGGCCGGAACGCUCGCGGGGGCACCGCGGCGCGGCGGAACUGUCCCGUGUGCACUUCCGGCGCCCUCCCGCCUCGCCGCCCCAUGGCCGCGUCCGUGGAUUUCAAAACCUAUGUGGAUCAAGCUUGUAGAGCUGCAGAUGAGUUUGUCAAUAUUUAUUAUGAGACAAUGGAUAAGAGGAGAAGGGCUUUAACCAGACUAUAUUUGGACAAAGCCACGUUAGUUUGGAAUGGGAAUGCAGUGUCUGGGCAAGAAGAACUAAAUAAAUUUUUUGAAAUGUUGCCAUCAAGUGAGUUCCAGGUUAAUGUGUUGGACUGCCAGCCUGUUCACGAACAAGCUACUCAAGGCCAGACAACAGUGCUCGUGGUGACAAGUGGGACUGUCAAAUUUGAUGGCGAUAAGCAGCGCUACUUCAAUCAGAACUUCUUGCUGACAGCACAGGCCACCCCGACCAACACCGUGUGGAAGAUCGCCGGGGAUUGCUUCCGCUUCCAGGACUGGGCCAGUUAGCAGGGACUGCCAGGGCAGUGACCUCUCUCAUUUGGCACGAAGGAGUCCACUGUGCAGGCAGCUGUUCUCCCCAGGGAACACACGCGCUCUUUGUGUUGCAUCUGUUGUUAUGGAAGGUCCGCAGAUCCUUCGGGGUUGGUUCCAGUGACCACGGCUUUAGUAAUAAUCUUAAAAUGUGAGAGGUUGCUCGUCUUAGUUGAAUUUAGUGAAGUGCUGAAGGCAGUGAGCUGUACUCGAAUCAUUCCUCAAAUGCCUUACAUGCAGCUGUGCUGCCGCUGCUGAAUGCUCAAACUCUGCUAUUUAAGUACAAAAUCCUAUUCAUAUACAAUUCUGACCAAAUGUAGGUUUUUUUCAACUUGAAAAGACCUGUUUUUACAGUAGCAUCUUCUCUUUUUUGACGAAGAUGCUUAUGGCAUGUGGAUGGAAUUCCGAAAGCUACCUACUCCUGGUUGUAAGAGGCUGGGAAGGAUUGCAGUGGUUUCUGCUGUUUGUGAAAGGAGCAAAUCUCUCAAUCCAUUGGAAAGGUAAUGUUACCUUCUCUGAUGUGGUAGAACUAAAUAAUCUCAUCGGGUUUCCUUCUGGUCUGAGCUUCCCAGACUUUGGUCAUGGUUAAUUUACGUGGAUUCACAUGUAGGGCAUGCUGAAUGAUUCGGAGCUCCUGUGCCAACAACUUGCCACAUGCAUGUAAAGGACUUCAAACUGAAUAUUUUUUCUUUUGAAGUCUUACAGUGACCUAGAAAUAGGUUGGUAACAUGAUUUCUGUUUGCUUUAACUGUUCAUUCUGUUGCUGUGAGGUUUGGACUAUUUUUCCCAUGUUAAGUCUGCAACUUUUGAAUCCUUUUUGUCUUUUCAAGAACCAUUGUAGUUAAAAAGUGGCACUGAAAGUGUGUAUUACUGUGAAGCCUUCAAUUUUUCUCUUCAGUACUGUUAUUCAGAACAGGUGCUUGAAUUAUUUUCAAGAACAGCAGCUCUGCACCACAAACACUAUCUUCCUCUCAUGCAGGUUUUUACUGUAUUUUUCAUGUUCUUUGUAAACAUGGCCUUUAAUUAUUGAUUCUGGGACGUUUUGUGUGUCUUGCUUUGAAUUUGCAGUUUAAAGCUUUCAGCUGCUUUAAAAUAGUUUUCAAGACUGCAGGUUGAGAGUGUCUGUCUUAACUUGGGAACUUAAGAGUAAAUCUGGAUAUCAGCAGAUUUGUUUCAAAUUGGUCUGUUUCUGUUUUAAGCU